AGUCGUGUACUGUGUAGUUAAAGAUCCACCUCUCUGUUUUCUUUCGCACAAACACACGAAACAGACGCACCGCCUUCGUCCAUUGCAGGCAGAGAGAGAGAUUUAGAGAGAAGAGGAAGAGGUGGAUCAGCUAGGUCACUCGCUACAGUUUGCGACUUUACUUCCCUCUCUUGAGCUCUGCGAGUGCAGCUCUUUUCCAUUGCCUCACGAUGUCAGACGGUCUCCCAUGCGAGGUUACCAUCGACAUCAUCUCACGACUGCCAGUGAAGUCCCUCAUGAGAUUCAGGUGCGUUUCGAAGGCAUGGUGCUCUCUAAUCUCCACCCCCCACUUCAUCUCUACCCACCUUAAUCGCUCUCUUUCCAACUCCCAACAUCCACCCUGCCUUUUCCUCAGCCAUUACGACAACAAACCCAACUAUUCCGGCAUCAUUCACACCCUCCUGCUGUAUCUCGAUCAAGAAAUAGAACAGAAAGGGGAUUUCUUUAGAUACCCAUCAGAUCGCAUAGAAUUUCGUGGUAUACACCAGAGAAUUGAGUAUGUUUUGCAUUUAGUUGGUUCAUCUAACGGCCUACUUUGUCUUGCCAAUAGGGUUUUCAAUAACGAAAAUGAGUUAUGUGUUCUCUGGAACCCUUCUAUUCAAAAAGCCAUAUCCCUUCCAGAGCCUAAUAUUGGAUUUCACGAUUCGUUAAACCAUUCUGUUGGCUUUGGGUAUGAGCCCAUGACCGAUGAUUACAAAUUGGUGAGGCUUGUGUAUCUCCGAGGCACUGAUCAUAUUGCUUUCAACAAUGUUCCACCUCUGGUUGAGAUUUAUACGCUUCGAACCGGCAUAUGGCGCUCUAUUACGGCCCCUGGUCCUCCCUACAUGAUGAAGAUGUCGUCCUCAUCAGUUUUUGUGAGUGGAGCAGUCCACUGGCCUGCACACACUCUACGGGGCCAGGGCGCCUUUCGCAAUGUGAUCAUGUCCUUUAAUAUGAAGGAUGAGGCCUUUGGUGAAAUGGCUAUGCCUGAGAGUUUACAAGGUAUCACCAGCUUGAACGUUGCUGUGGCGGUAGUUGAUGGGUUGCUUGCGCUUGUACCUUGUAAUGAAUUUGGCAACAAGGCGUCUCAAGCCGUGUGGGUGAUGAAAGAGUAUGGAGUUACUGAAUCUUGGACAAAGUUAUUUGAUAUUGACAUUGGGGGAUUUCGCAGGGUGAUAGGCACAAAGAGUGGUGAAGUUCUAGUUAACAAGGCUGCAAGGUUGUUUUCUUUUGGACCUAGUAGCGGAGGAUAUCUGGAACUUCCCAUUUGUGGCCUACAUGAUAUUUAUUUGGAUACUUAUGUGGAGAGCCUUGUUCUACUGAAUGUAGCGGACUGAGUUCCUGGUGAAUACAGCAAAUACUUGUGCUUGAUGUAGGAUUAUGAAUACUGUUAGAAUUUCUAUUUCAAUAUCAUUAUUUGUAUGAAGUUUUACGUUGAAAAUAAAAACUGUAUUUUCCAUUUUGCA